AUGGAGGAUGAUGUUGCUGAGGAGAAUGACUAUGAGGAGGAGUGUGAAGAGGUGGAUAACGAGCCUGAAGGUGACCAGGAUGAGGAGAAGGACGUUACAGAGGAGGCUGAAGCCAGAGCAGGUCUCUCUGUACCACCCAAGCAGCUGAAUCAGUGCUCUGAGUAUGGGGAGAGCUUCCCACCUGGCUCAGAGCCAGUGAAUCACCACUGCCCUCACCCUGGCUCCCAGCCCUUUGUCUGUGCGGACUGCGGCAAAAGCUUCAGCCACAGCUGUCACCUCUUUCGGCACCGCCGCACCCACACCGGUGAGAGGCCAUACAGUUGUGCUACUUGCGGCAAGAGCUUCAGUGACAAAUCUACCCUCACCAAGCACCUCAGUGUGCACAGCACUGAGGCCUUCACCUGCUGGGACUGCGGCAAGAGCUUCAAACACAGCUCUACCCUCACCAUCCACCGCCGCAUCCACACUGGAGAGAAGCUGUUCCCUUGUGCUGAGUGCAGCAAAAGCUUCACAACGAGUACCAGACUCAUCCAGCACCAACUCAUCCACAGCAGUGACAAACCGUACAGGAUUACCGAGUGCGGCAAGAGCCUCACCCAGAGCUAUACACUCAGCCAGCACCUUCACGUGAACAGCUCUAAGUCCUUCACCUGCAGGGACUGCGGCAAGAGCUUCAAACGCAGCUCUACCCUCACCAUUCACCGCCGCAUCCACACUGGUGAGAGGCCUUACAGAUGUACCGACUGUGGCAAGAGCUUUACUCAGAGUUAUAGCCUUACCCAGCACCACACCGUGCACAGCACUGAGAAGUCCUUCACGUGCAAGGACUGCAGCAAGAGCUUCAAAACCACCUCCACCCUCACCAUCCACCGCCGCACCCACACGGGAGAGAAGCUGUUCCCCUGUGCUGAGUGUGGCAAGAGUUUCACCACGAGCACUUCAUACAUUCGGCACCAACUCAUCCACAGCGGUGACAAACCAUACAGCUGUGCCUACUGUGGACAGAGCUUCACACAGAGCUCCAGUCUCAGCCAGCACCGUCGUGUGCACACUGGUGAGAAGCCAUUCACCUGCGCUGACUGUGGCAAGAGAUUCAGCAGCAGCUCCUCUCUCACCAAGCAUCGCCGAAGCCACACCAGUGACCAGCCCACAGUGCGGGAGAGGUACAAAUAGAUCCACCCAGAGCCCAUUGGGGUA